GGGAGGCGUAACGAUCACAGCCUUUCGAAAGCGAUAGGCUGGGGGAGGGGUUAGCUGGGAGUGGUUAAUUAACUCGCCUGCCUGUACCCUAAAUCUCGAUCCAUGUCAGGGUAAAGAGAGGAACAGUCAAAAUUACGUAGGCGCCCAGCCAUGUGGUGCUGCCUCAGCAGGGUGUCCUGUCUGCAGGGCUGGUUACAAAAACGCAAGGCGAAUUUGAAUCUGGGACGAAGGCAGCAGCAUGGCAAUCAAUCAAGGUUUCUCCGUCAGCGAUAUCCGAUCCAGUACUUCAGCUCAAUGCGACGAUACAUGUCCAUACGAGUACAGAUAGUACUUCGGUGGUCUGGACGGUACUGGACUUAUUUGUUUGAGAACUUGUCGAGAGUUUUGAUGGGCGUUGGAUUGUUUUCUACUAAGUCAGUCAGGGUAAAAGGCGGAGUGAUCGGUUGAAAUCGAGCCAUCAAUCACCAUGCAGCCAGUGCCCGAUCAUUCCCGGUUCUAGGCAAAAAAGAUAGGUCGAGCCCAUCAAGGCAGCAGGGUAGCAACAGGGUAGAUCAUGGGCUGUUUCGCCGCAGUAUUUUGCAAACGC